AUGAUCGCUAACUACAGGGCCGCAUGUGUUCUUAGUAUUCUCGAAACAAUCAUUGAUGAUAAUCCAGAUAUGUUUUUGCCACGUGGCAGAGAUUCUGAAGAGCCAGUUACUCUGAGAGUUUUUGAAGAUGGAGAUCAACAAUUUUUGAUGAAAUCUGAAAUUUCUGAUGCUCUAAAAGCCAAACUAACAUUGAAUAAACGAUUGGAUACAAUCAGUUUGGAAGAGGUUCUCAAGAACUUUGACACCAAAAACAUCGAGCUGAAAAGGUUCGUACACAACCAGAAAGGAUGUCACAGAGUUUAUGGAUUGAAAUGCGAGGUAUGUGCUGCAGAAACUCGAGAAACUCAAGAAAAUCAAAAGUUAUCAAUUCUGGAGAAAGAACUGGCCGAUUUGAAAAUCGCCCAUCAGAAAAUUCUCGAAGAAAAUCAGCAAAAAUCGCUGGAAAUUCAAGAAUUACAACAGAAAAAUUUGAGAUUGUCUGUGAAGAACGAGACGAAUGAGGUGAAAAUGAAGCAGUUGACCGAUAAAUUGGCAAAUUCCAAGUUAUCGAUUGACGAUAGAAACUACAGUACCGCUUGCACAUCUCAGCUGAAAAUCCAAUGCCUCAUUUGCGAGAAAUCAAUUGAAUCUGAAAAAGAUCAGAUCAUCAGAUGUCCAUUGUGCAAAAGAAGAUUCCAUUCGAAGUGUGCAAUCGACUGGCUCAAAGAGCAUCAACAGUGUCCAGCAUGCAAUGGGGACCUCCCGAAAAAAAAUGCAAGCAUUCUGCAUUCCAAAAAAAGACGAAACAAAUUCCGACAUCACAAUCAAAGAUUUGAUCGAAUACGUCGCGUUUCCGCUCCGAGAAUACCUGAGCUUGCGAGACACAAAAUCUUCAAACGAUCUUCCGAUUCAUAUGAAAGCAUGUCGGAAGAAAUUUCGAAUAGAGCUCCAAAAGUGUUCGAAAGUCUGAAAGGCGAGAAAUACAUUCAUAGAAUCGAUUUGUACCCGAUUCUCGAGAACAUCGCUGUCAACACUAUAAUGCUUCCUCAUGAGCAAGUUCAUAAGCAAAUAGUCGAAUUCAUCAAAAAAGGGGAAUAUCGAAAAAUCGAUAAAAUCUUUGCCGAAAUCGAUCCGAUUGGUUAUAAUGAAGACGACUCGAGAUAUUAUAUGAAUUCGUAUCGAUCGAUGCCUCCAAUGCUGAGAAAAGAAAUGAGAGAUGCUUCUGUUAUCUAUGUACAAACGCAUAUUAAAAGAGCAUUGGGCACUUUGAUGAGGGAGAGAAACGAAUUUCAUUUCUUCAAACCGUUCGUCGACCCAAUGAUCGAUCCGCCUACCGUACGCCUAUUCGAGGACAAAGAUGAGCAAUAUGUGAUAAAAUCUGAAUUUUUCGAUUCCAUAAAUCUCCUUCUACCACUAAUCGAUCGAAUUUUGUUCGAGGAGGACCGAGAUGUCGGCAUUAUCAGUACUAUCAGUUUAACAGAUAUUAUGGAGUUUUAUGGGGAUCAUGCGAAGAAAAUCGAGUUCAUUCGCUACCCAAUCACGCGUCCCAAGCACAAAGGAGCCUACGUCCAAGGCCGAAACCGCCGAACUUUUUGUGUUCUCAUCGCCGACGCCUUCUUGGAAUGCAUGAAAUUCCUCAUUUCGCACUGUCAAAUUUUUCAAAAAAUCAAAGAUUUCAAUGUGAUUCAAAUCGUUUUCGAUGAGAUGGAAAAGGUGUUCCAUGCCGAUUUUUUCGCCGUAUUCAUGCACAGCCAGAAAGCGUGUCACAUGAUUAUGGGUCUCCAGUGUGUCGAGUGUAAUGAAAAUUGGCAUGACGAGUUUGAAAUCACUAGAAAUUACAAGGAAACUGAGAAUCCGUUCAGAAAAAUCAACAUUAAGAAGGAAAAGGACGAGCGAGAACGCGAAAUUAUUUGA